GAUUAGUCCUCGCACGCCCAUUGCCCCGCCGCACUUUCUCUCUAACCACCAAUAUGACUGAAGCCACUCGCGAAGUCUCCUUCUGGCUACCCGAUGACCUCUCAUGCUGCCAUCAUUGUGGAGCAAAAAGCAAGAAGGACAAGCUGAAACGAUGUGGUGGUUGCAAUACGGUUAUGUACUGCAGCAAGGAGUGUCAGAGGCAAGCAUGGCAAGCACACAAAGUUGGCUGUCGUCAGCAAGGGAGGAUACAGAAUCCGACUGAAGAACGCCGCUUGAAGACCCUCGAGUCCAUGGGCUUCCCUACUAGCGUCUCGUUCGCACAUGCCCUCAAGGACUGGGCAGAGACGCACAGAUGGUCCUUCACGACGAUGACGAAGGCCACCGUCCUCCUCCAUGGCGGGCCCGAAACCCUCAUGCUCGAUACCUCCACGCCCUGCUUCAUGUCGUACACCAUCAUCCAGAACCAGCAUAGCGACGGCUCUCCAGCCACCACCUUCCGCGUCGACUCUGUUGCCAUCAUCACCCCCGAUGACUACAAGAACGACAACGGGUUCCUAUUGCGCGCAUGGGAGGACGCAGAGGCCGGUCGGAUGGCGAUGGAUGCGAGCUACCGCAAAGAUCGCAAUCCCGCCUUCGCUGGCGUCAUCUCCGUCGUGUACAUCCUCAAGGACACGGGCAUGGCCGUGCACAACCAGCACCCGGUCUACCGUGCGCGGCGGGGCCCCCUCGACGAGGCGACGAAGACGAUGGUGCUGGAUCUCAUGGGGUUGUGCAAGGGCAGCGUCAACGCCGGGUGUUCGCUCCGCACGCCGAACGAUUACGUGCACGUCCCGACCCCGGGGCUGCUGGUGCGCGCGAAGAAGACGUGGGACUGGGUGCCGCUCAUGAAGACACCGGAGACGUGGAACAAGCUGGCGAAGCAUCUGCUGCCGCUCUACGUCGUGCAGUCGGGCCUGCUCCCGAAGGACCUUUUCGAACGGUUCGCGAUGCUGUGAUCGCCUUGGAGGCAUUGGUUAUAGGGUAGGACGUCUCGUCCAUCGGAAGGAGGCGACGCUGAUCCGUUGCGAUCGAACAGGUUUGGCACAUCGGAGAGGGAGCUUGUUGUACGCUUAGGAGGGAUAUGUUGUAUCGAUAACACCCGUCACAGAUUGACAGCUGCGGUAUGUAGUCUUAGACCAACCACCC